AUGGGUCUGGAGGAGGGAAUUAACUGCAAGACCCAUAAGAGGUUUGACAACCAUAGGCUACGCACGCGGAGUGCGGCUUCUGCGCUUGGAACCGUUGAAGCACUUGGCAGGCUCCCAGAACACACCAUUGGAGGCGUCUGCCUGCUCUCAGUUUUAAUCAAGUACUGGUACUUAGCUGAAAGAAUUGGGCAUGGUGAUCAGUCCUGGGAGCUGAGGAUGCUAGAUGUUCUGUGUCAUCGGGGACGGUCCCCUGUGUCAUCGGGGACGGUUUUAGUGUUUUAUAUCCCGUAUGAUUUAUGGGAUAAAUGGUUGCUGCCCUUUAAGAAAAUCGCCAAGAAUAAUAACUUUGUGAUGUUUGAGUUGCCGAUAGCACACGCUGAGAUCGCCGAGAGUUGCAGAUGUCACAUUCUUGUCUUUGCAUUUUCUUCUGCUCAGAAGCAAGAGUUUAAAAAACCAGACCUUGGCCUUGCACACCCUGCUGCCCCAGAGCCACCCACAUGCUGCCCAGCCGUGGUCAACCCCACCCUGUUCUUCGACAUCGCCGAGGACGGCAAGCCCUUGGGCCACGUCUCCUUUGACCUGUUUGCAGAGUUCCAAAGACAGCAGAAAAAAAAUCAUGCUCUGAGCACUGGGGAGAAAGAAUCUGGUUAUAAUGUUUCUUGCUUUCACAGGAUUAUUCCAGGAUUCACAUACCCAAGUGGUAACUUCACACGCCAUAAUGGCACUGGUGGUAAACCCAUCUCUGGGGAGAAAUGAGAUGAGCAUUUCAUCCUGAAGCAUAGGGGUCCUGGCACCUUGUCCAUGGUAAACGCUGGGUCUCACACAAAUGGUUCCCAGUUUGUCAUCUGCACUGCCAAGACGGACUGGUUGGAUGGCAAGCAGGUGGUCUUUGGCCAGGUGACAGAGGGCAUCGAUAUUGUGACAGCCAUGGAGUGCCCGGGAUCCAGGAAUGGCAAGACCAGUAAGAAGAUCACCAUUGCUGACUGUGGACAAAUCUAA